CUCUCAGCCCCCUCGUUGAUUCAUUAAUCACCCACCAAAUACAAACCCCAGAAUUCCUUUCUCUUCUUCUUGGUGACUAAAUCACACAGUUCGACGUGAAAGAUGGGCUCGAUUUUGAUGUGGGUUUUGCUUCUAUUCGCCUGUUUGUUCAAUUACGAUGUCUUAGCCGAGCAGAUCUUCCCAACUCAUGGAGGUAGCUUAGGUCGCAGCUCUAGAGAACCAAAAUACGAUAUUGAAUUCCAUUCAGAAGAUUCACCAUUUCAUCCUGAUGAUGAUCAAGAAUCUGUGGUAAUGCCAAAGAAAAAUGGAGAAAAAUUUGUAUGUUUUUUACCUAAAGUGGAAAAAUCCAAAAGUGAAAAACAAACAAUUCAACAAAACUCCACAAGUUUAAUUUUGGAAACUGAAAAACGUUUCAAAUUGAAGACACCAGAUGAACUACUUGAAGCACUUAAGGACCGAUGCUUUCUCAGGCAAGAAGGAUGGUGGUCUUAUGAAUUUUGUUAUCAAAAGAAGCUUCGUCAAAUUCACCUGGAGGAAGAACGGGUUGUUCAAGAAUUUAUUUUGGGUGAAUACGAUGCUGAAGCUACAGCUGCAUACAACCGUAAUUUAUCCGACAUUUCAACUCUGAAAGAUCCUCGCUCCAAAGAUGCAUCACAAAGGUAUCAUGCUCAUCAAUACACAAAUGGAACAACUUGUGAUCUUACAAACGAGCCUCGAGCAACCGAGGUGAGAUUUGUGUGUUCGGAACCUCGAGCUAUGAUUAGUUCUAUCACCGAAUUGUCAACAUGCAAAUAUGCACUAACAAUCCAUUCCCCAAUGCUUUGUAAACACGCAUUAUUCCAAGAAGAAAGACCUGUUUGGUAUACAAUUAACUGUAACCCGCUCCCGAAAGAUUACAAACAACCAAAAAUUGAAGAUGACAUUACACAUGAACAGAAGAUCCUUAUGAACACCCGACAUAAAAAUAUGAUAUAG